GUUUUACCCCUUGAAGGUUGGAUAUUGGAUAUUGGAAGGUCGGCCAUUCUUUUGUAAAACGGACAAAAAAUGAAAAUUGGAGAGCUAAGGCCUGACCAGUCAGUUAUAGUUGAGGCUUUAGUCCGUGAACUCGAAAAUUUGGAUAGUAAUGCCUACCCUGCACUUUAUAAUUUGGCAGAAAAUGAACUUUUUCGUUUGCGUGGUGGAAUAGCUGAUUCCUUUGAUCUGGUCAGUAAUAAACCUGUUAAAGUCAGGGCGAAAAUAGAAAUACCACAAGCUCAAUUCCCAGCAAUCAACUUUGUUGGGAAACUCUUGGGGCCAGGGGGUCAAACCUUGAGAGCAGUGCAAGAAACAACUAAAACGAAAAUGGCGAUUUUAGGUUCUGGGUCAUUAAGAGAUGAAGCAAAGGAAAAAGAACUUCUCGCUAAUGGUGAUCCAAAAUAUCAGCACUUGAAACAAAAGUUACAUCUCCAGAUCGACAGUUUGGGACCACCAUCUGAAUCCUGUUACCGACUUGCUCAUGCCUUAGCGGAAGUUAGAAAGUUAAUGUUACCAGAGCAAACAGAACUUGCAGUACAACCGUGGUCACAGACAACUCAAGACCCAUCCGUGAUUGCUAGGAAUAUACCUGGUGUUAGGAAUGUGCGAGCAGCAUUCCGCCCCCAGCCCUCCAUCCCAUCACCUUUCACAUCACCUCAGGUUCAGAUUCCAUUCCGUGGUCGGGGAAAAAGUUGGAUUGGUAGAGGUGUGAUGAAAAACGGAGUAGGUAUCCCGCUUCAACCCCCAGUCACUGCUGACGUCUUUGUUGAUGUUAAUCCAGUCAAUUACCCACCGAUAAAUUUCUACGAUGUAACAGAGUUUGGCCCUCAUAUGUUUGAGGAAUUCGGUCUGAAUUAUGGACAAGACGAUACGUGGGGGAAAGUCAGCAUUUCAGAACCUCGUGGACGAGGACGAGGCCAUCCCUACGCGCGUCCGGCAGUCAAUAAUGAUCACAAUAAUUUCGGGUAAAUAAAUAGUUUGACCAUGAGGCUCCUUCCGUAUGUACUGAAAUAUGACAAUGAAGCCAGAGGUGCAUUUCAUGUGUGUCUUCGCCAAUCAACUACCACUAAACGCGGUAAAAUUGCUUAAAUUGUCUAACUGCUUGUCUGUAGUGCUGUCUCUAAAUAUGUAUUCAUGAAAAACUUGUUAAAUUCACAAUCUAAAUAAAUGCCGUAAUACCUCUGUCAUGAUCCUAACUUCGGAUACUUAGCCUUUUUUGCACACAGGAUAGAGCUUUUUAAAAAUGUAGAUGAAAUGCUACCAAAAAUAAAUCCAGUCGUUCAUGCCUGUGUAUCCGAAACUCUGUAAAACUGCGAAUUAUUAUUGCUGGUUCGCACCAUCGAUGUUUGUUUUCAUUUCUCUUUAUAUUUCUUUUCAGCAAUCUCAUUUAAAUAAGAAGUGUGUUGGAAACUUUUCUCUGAGUUGCAUAUGCAUAAAAGUAUUCACAUGUUUGUGUACAUGUAUGAAAUAUGCCAUUUUCCCCCUGGAUUUAGUAGUGAUCUUCAUCACCCUUAAGAUCACUCGGUCAAUUAACAAAUGUUAUAUAUGGAGUGAUAAUUUAUCCGAAAAUGUAUUUUGUCACCGUUGAGGUAAAUGCUCCGCAUCACAUCUCAAAUUCAGGAUAGCAUGUGAUUAUAGUCCAACUAAUAGAAGUCUCAUACGUAUCAGAUUCAUCCAUCUUCCUCUGUGGGAUUUUGACCCUUUGGUCCUUGUACUCAACUUCCAACUGCUGUUUUGCGUAGAACUGUAACAACAGAAGACAAGGGCCA